AUGUCGAGUGAUGAAAGCGAUGGUGACUAUCAAGAACAACGAGAGGAGCCCGAAGAGGAGGAGGAAGAGGUGAACAGUGGAUCUGGCUCUGGCGCUGGAUCUGAAAGUGAAGAAGAAGCUUCGAAGAAAAAGAGCAGGAAGAGAAAGAUUAAUUCGGAAAGCGAAGAGGAAGAAGAAGAAUCCGGUGAUGAUAGUGAAAAUGAAGACUCGGAUGGUUCACGUAAGAAAUCGAAGAAGUCCUCCAAAAAGAAGAGGAAGGACCGAAGACCGCGCGGUUCGGAUUUCAUCUUGCAAGAUGUCGAUGUUGAUGAUGAGGAACAAGAUGAGGAUGAAUGGGAUGAUGAGGAAGAUCGUGCUCUUGAGCCCAACGAAAAGGAAGAGGCCGAGAAAUAUAUGAAACAGCUGGAUGCGGAGAGGAGACGAAACGAACGGAACAAAUUCGCAAACAUGAACGAGGACGAAAUCGGUCGAUAUUUCGAGAACAAGUACAAAACACAACCUAUCAGAGAUCUUGUCGAUGAUGACUCUGCUCUUGACGAUAUUUCGCAACACGGGUUACUUCCCUCCACUAAGGAUCCGAAUUUAUGGAUAGUGAAGUGUAGGAUGGGCGAGGAGAAACUCGUCGCACUACAGUUGAUGAGAAAGUUCUUGGCGUUUGAGAACACAAACGAGCCAUUACAAAUUAAAUCUGUUGUCGUGAAAGAAGGGCUGAAAGGGAUUAUUUACAUUGAAGCUUUCAAACAGUCCCAUGUGGCCAAUGCAAUAAACGGUGUAUCGGCUUUGAAUCAAUUUAACGUGACGAUGGUACCCAUCAAAGAAAUGGUUGAUACACUGAGAGUUGUCAAAGACAUUCCACAGCUCAAAGUCAACUCUUACGUUCGUCUUAAACGAACGAUGUACAAAGAUGAUCUCGCUCAGGUCGAUUGGGUUGAUGUGGCUCAAAGCAAAGUUAACCUCCGUAUAGUUCCACGUAUUGACUAUUCUCGCAUGCGAGGAGCGCUGAGGACGGAAGCGGAUCGUAACCACAAAGUGAAACGUCGCCCAAUGCCUCGUCUUUUCGAUUUGGACCGAAUCAAAGAAAUUGGAGGAGAGGUUACGAACGAUGGCGACUUCGUUAUUUUCGAAGGAAACAGCUACCGACGAGGUUUUCUCUAUAAGUCAUUCCCUAUGAGUGCUAUCAUUGCUGAAGGCGUAAAACCCACAUUGGCGGAACUGGAACGUUUCCAAGACACCAGUGAAGAUCUGAAGAAAGAAUUGGAGUCUACGACCAUCAAAGACAACUCUCACUUUUUUGCACCUGGCGAUAAUGUUGAAGUCACCGAAGGAGAGUUGGUCAAUCUCCGCGGUAAGGUGGUUAGCGUGGACGGACCGAAAGUGGUGAUGAUGCCAGAUCAUGAAGAAUUAAAAGAACCACUAACUCUCAACGUAGCAGAACUUCGUAAAUAUUUUCGACCAGGAGAUCACGUGAAAAUGAUCUCUGGGCGUUACGAAGGAGACACUGGUCUUAUUGUGAGAGUCGAGCAUAAUCUCGUCGUUGUUUUGAGUGAUUUGAGCAUGGAUGAGAUGAAAGCUCGUCCUCGCGAUGUGCAACUUUGUGCUGAUAUUACUACAGGAGUGGAUUCUUUGGGGCAGUUCCAAUUCCACGAUCUUGUUCAACUGGAUCAGCAGAAUGUUGGUGUGAUAGUGCGUUUGGAAAAGGAAACUAUGGAGGUCCUUAAUCAACAUGGAAAGACUGUUCGUGUGAAGCCGCAAGCAAUACAAGGCAAAAAAGACACUCGUCACUCGCAGGCGCUAGAUAGUCAGCAGAACCCCAUUCAGUGUAAAGAUAUGGUCAAGAUUAUAGAUGGCCCUUUCGCAGCGAAGAAGAACGAGGAAGAGAAACAGGGUGAAAUUAAACAUGUGUAUCGAUCCUGGGUAUUUGUAUAUUCGCGGAAACAUGUAGAGAACAGCGGCAUGCUGGUUUGCAAAGCUCGACAUCUUCUAUUAAUCGGAGCCCGUGCGGGUAGUACAAGAAAUGAAUUACCGACAAUGAAUCGUCUUGGGAUGUCUAGCCCAAAUCCUUUCCAAUCACCUCGACAUAACGGAAGUGCUACUCCGGCUCACUCAAGUUCGCAGAGUGUUAGUGGAUACAGUGUUGGAGGAAAAACUCCGAAUCAUGUUGCUGGUUUUGGUGGACAUGGUGGUGGAGGAGGCGGAGGAGCCAACAAAAUCCGAAGAGACAACGCUAUUAUCGGGAAGAGUGUACGCAUCACUCAGGGACCACUUAAGGGCUACUUCGGUAUUGUCAAGGACGCCACUGAGCAAACCGUCCGUGUGGAGCUACAUACUCAAUGCAAGACAAUUUCUGUCGACAGAUCUCGCAUAGCAUGCGUUGGAGAUGGCACACCAGGCGGAUCAGUGUCGGCUAUGACGCAGUAUGCUAAGACACCGUUUCAGGGUGACGACGGACGUACACCAAUGUAUGCUGGCAGCAAAACACCAAUGUAUGGGUCUGGAUCAAAGACGCCAAUGUACGCCCUGGACGAAGGAGGGAGAACUCCAUUUGGUUCCCAUACUCCAGCCUACGACAGCUCCAGAACACCUGCUUAUGACAGCGGUCGUACGCCUGCCUAUGAUGGUGGACGUACGCCUGCUUAUGAUGGAGGACGCACUCCAGCUUAUGACGGUGGUCGAACGCCUAUGUAUGACAGCGGCCGAACACCUGCUUAUGAUUCUGGGAGAACUCCAGCCUACGACGGUGGCAGAACACCUUCGUACGAAAGCGGCAGGACUCCAGCUUACGAUAGUGGACGAACACCUGCGUAUGAUGGAGGACGGACUCCUUCAUAUGAUGAGCCAGCUGCAGCUUCUGCUGCUGCACGUAGAGACAGUAGUGAUGACGAGGACCACGAGCCACAGUACGAAGCGCCGGCAUCUCCAUCAUAUAGUGUGCCUACACCUGGAGCAAACCUCAAUCCUCAAACCCCUGGUUUUGCCCCAGAGACUCCUAUGGGUAAUUAUAACCCAAUGACUCCUGGAGGAAUGUACGACUAUUCUGCGCCUUCGCCAUAUGUGCGUAACAACUAUGAGUCAUUCGGAGGAGGACAGAAGAUUCCUGCACACUUCCUCGAAGGAGGGGAAUGGGUGAUGGAAGAUCUCUUUGUUACGAUUAAAAGUAAUCAUGAUGAAGAUCGGUUCCAAGAUCGUGAGGCUAUCGUCACAAGUGUUCAGGACGGACGAUGUCAAGUUUACAUUCCUGAUUUGAAAUGCUCUGCUAUGGCAGAUUUCGAUCAGAUCGAGCCUCUUAAACCGCAAGAGGGUGAUUGGACUCGUGUGAUUUAUGGUGACGAGAUGGGAGUAAUGGGACAGUUGAUAUCGGUCGAUGAGGCUGAUUGUGUGAUCAAAGUUGGAGCAGAUGACAUGCGAUUGAGUCCUCUUGAGUUCUGCUGCAAGUUCAGCAAGCGGUGA